AUGUUAAAUAAAAUCAAACUACAUUCAUCCUUUUUUAGCCCUAAUUUGUGAAAUGGCUAGUCAUUUUGAUGAAGAAACAAUUGAAACUUAUAGAGAAUGUUUCUUCUUACAUGCUAAAAAAGGAAUAGUAGAAAAUAAACAUCAAUUGGCUAAUAUUAUGCAUUCCUUAAAUUAUUGUGCAACUCAAAAUGAAUUAAAUUUAUUUUACAAAACUCAUAGUAAUAAAGAAAUUAAUUUUCCAACCUUCUUGGAUAUAGCUUACAAAUAUAAACAAAAGGUUGACCCAAAAAAGGAGAUUUUAGCUGCUUUCAUAGCUUACAAUUAUUAUGAUAGAAAAAAUAAAUCGAAACAAAUUAUAAGUAUGAAAGAUCUCAAAUAUAUUUUGACCAAUUUUGGAACAGAUAAACUUGAUCUCUCAGAUAUUGAUGAAUUGUUUCAAGAAUUGGGUUUGGAUGUUGGGAAAAAAUCAAAUACUAACAAAAAAAUUGAGAUUGAAUAUGAAAAAUUCCUUUAUAAUCUAAUGAUCUAAUGUAGAAUUGUUUGUAUUUAUUUAGUGCAGCAAAUAGUAUUAUCUUGCCAAAUCACCAUUAUUUAUAUAUUCUCACAUUUUUACAAAUUUUUUUAUACUAAUAAAUUUUUAACUUAUACAUUUAUACAUAAUUUAUAUAUUUUAUAAUAAUUAUUUAAUGUUUUUUAACCUAAUUAUCAAACUAUUAAUUAUUGCUUAAUAAAAAUAAUGAUUUAAUUUUC